AUGUCUGAUUCAGAAGAAGUGGUAUAUGUCGAAUACGAAGAAGAGGAAAUAUUAGAAGAAGAAGAGGAAGAGGAAAUGAAUGAUAUCUUCAGUGAACACACUAUUAAUGUAGGAUAUACUCAGCUCGUUAACUCUGUUGGUACAUUGAAGGCCUUUGUACCAACCUGUGAAGCUGAUUUAUCUCCAUAUGGAUUAAUUACUGUCUACAUUCCAGCAAAUUUACUCCCUCUCUCAUUGCAAAGUGUCCUUUGUUUGAAUGUUUCACAGCACCUGUUAAAAGUCAGUAUAAAUUUAGAAGAUUAUAAUUGGAGAAAUCGUCCAAAGUUCUUUGAAGUUGAACAUCCCGUUUAUCAUAAGAAUUUUGUAGGUAUUGCCUUGGUAAGAGAACUUGCCGAAAAAUUCUUUACACAAAAAUAUGAACCCAAAUCUGAAUACAGGUCAAAAGCUUUUGUUCUUGCAUCCAACACCAAAUUUCAAGAAUCUAAGGUUCAAAAGAUUACAAAUCAUGGUUUCACUAAAGUACAAGCUAUUUCAGCAUUAAAUCAAGUCAAUGGAGACACUGAUGCUGCAAUAUAUUUACUCCGUACAGGCCUUGUUCCAAAACAUUUUUCAGCUUACGGAUCCACGAAAGAUAUAUUGAUUUCAUACAACCAAUGUCCUCUCCUUUACUUAGUUCUUGAAAUUGUUGACAUUUAUUUGAAUUUGACCGACCAUUGCUGCAUUUGCAUGAAGCCACUCGGUGAACCAACAAUCAAGCCAACAGUUUGUGAUAAUCCUUUAUGUAUUGUAAAGUAUGAAAAAAUCGGAAUCGGAACAACCGUUGUUCAAGAAAUCCGACGCGAUCUAGGAGUUGCAGAUCUCUUGUUCUCCGUAUUUGCAUCAACUAUUGGCGAAUUUCUUCUCCCAGCUCCCAAAGAAUUCAACAAUACUGAAAUGAUGAACAUUUUCAAGGAACUUCCACCUGUAAAUACGUUGGCACAAUAUCGUUCCGAUAACAAACUUUGCGCCUGCAUCGGAGUUAAGCCUUUCAAUCUCAUCAGAUGGAUUUUAUUCACAAAUAAAAGCCACUUUAUGGCUUUACCACCAGAAUUAAGAAUUAAAGAAAUCAACUGCAAGUAUCAAUUCCUUACUCUCAUUUCAAACUUCGAAAAAGAAGCAAUUUUUAAGGAAUACAAGAAAAAAUUUGGAAGUUUCUACUUAUGGCAUGGUUCCAGCUCAAACAGAUGGUACCCCAUUCUCAGAAAUGGACUCAAAAUUUGUUCUAAUGACAAUAAAUUAAUGGCUCAUGGUGCUGCCCACGGAAGUGGAAUUUAUUUAGCAAAAUGCAUCCAAACAUCCCGAGGAUAUAUACGUUCUUCUGCUAAUAAUUACAAGCGCUCGAUGUAUGGUGACUUAAACAUGAUCGCUUUAUGUGAAGUUAUCAAAGAUUUUAAACAUCUCACUGAGGUUCAAGACUUUUGCCAUGUUUUGAGGGAUGAAAGCGAAUGCAUUGUAAGAUUCCUUUUCAUUAACGUUCAAACAAGUUCAUAUGAUACACUGAAGCAAAAAUUCAGCAAAAUCCCAUCUAUCUACGAUGUUUUCAAUAGCUAUGCUGAAACAACAAAGAAGAAACAAGCUGAGAAAGCGGAAAUGGAGAAACAAAAAGCACUUGAAAUGGAAAAACAAAAGGAGGAAAAGCAAGACGACUUUUAA